AUGUCCUUGGGAAUAUUCAGAAGUGCAGUUAGAGGAGCUGGAAGGGUUAAUAAUCUUAGAAGUUCAAUCUCAGUUACGCCACGCAGAUACGCAUCUGAUAAUGGACCUGUUAUGAUGCAAGUCAGAGAAGCCCUUAACGCGGCAAUGGAAGAAGAAAUGCUUAAAGACGAGACCGUCUAUGUUAUGGGCGAGGAAGUGGCUCAGUACAACGGCGCUUACAAAGUCACCAAAGGUCUUCUCGACAAAUUCGGUGAAAAGAGGGUCAUAGACACCCCAAUCACCGAGGCUGGCUUUGCUGGUUUGGCUGUCGGCGCUGGUUUGGCUGGUUUGAGACCUGUUUGCGAGUUCAUGACUUGGAACUUUGCCAUGCAAGCAAUGGACCAAAUCAUAAACAGCGCAGGUAAAACUUACUACAUGAGCGGUGGUAAUGUACCUUGCCCUGUCACUUUCAGAGGUCCAAACGGCGCUGCUUUGGGUGUCGCUGCCCAGCACUCGCAAGACUACGCCGCUUGGUAUGGCUCUGUCCCCGGUCUCAAGGUUCUCUCUCCUUACUCUUCAGAAGACUGUAAAGGUCUUCUCAAGUCGGCUAUUAGAGAUCCUAACCCAAUUUGUUUCCUCGAGAAUGAAGUUCUUUAUGGUCUCAGUUUCCCUAUGUCCGAGGAGGCUAUGAAGGAUGACUUCUACCUCCCAAUCGGCAAGGCAAAGGUUGAAAGAGAAGGCAAGGAUAUUACUUUUGUCGCCCACAGCUUGGGUGUCCACCACGCCCUCGACGCCGCACAAACCCUUAAGGAGCAAGAGGGUGUUGAGGCUGAAGUUGUCAACCUUCGCUCUAUCAGACCUCUCGAUAUCGACACUGUGAUUAGCUCCGUCAAGAAGACUAACAGACUGGUCACCGUCGAGGGUGGUUUCCCAAAGUUCGGUGUCGGUUCUGAAAUCUGCGCUCAAGUUAUGGAAUCUUCCGCAUUCGACUACCUUGACGCUCCACCAAUCAGAGUCACCGGCGCUGAUAUCCCAACUCCUUACGCACAAAACUUGGAAACUCUCGCUUUCCCUAAUGGUGAGGUUGUUCACCGCGUUGCAAAGAGAGUUCUCUACAAGUCGUAA